AUGAGCGCGGCCGUCAAGCGGGUGCGCAUCCAGGGCUGGACCCUCGCCGACAGCUACACAUCGACAUCGACAUCGACAUCUCGCACUGCCCGCCGCCAUUUCCACGACUACUUCGUCACGCAUCUGCCGACCUCCUCGCUGCAUCCGGACUCCCGCGCCUCUGUCGGCCCGCAGCACCACCUCCCGCGCUCAGCCUCUGUCCCGCACGCCGCCUCGUCCACCGUCGCAGGCUCAAGGACGACGGCCAAUGCCUCCCCGGCCACCAUCUCCCCGGCCUCUCCAGGGCUCGCCAUCGGGCGCGAGACAACCGUCGUCCGCAUACCCCUGCGCAGUGCAAAGCACCACUUCGGCGUCUCGCAUGUGCGUGGCUCCCGCCCGACCAACGAAGACACCUACCAGGCCGGCGUCAUCGACCUGCCGGCCUUUGCACGCCGGGCUCCCUUAUCCGUCACAGUCGGCCAGCAGGCGGCCGGAGAAGGCAACAAGGCGGCGGACAGCGCCACGGGAGACCCCCAGGUGUUCUACUUUGGCGUGUUCGACGGCCACGGCGGGACGGAGUGCAGCGAGUUCCUGCGGGACAAGCUGCAUGGCUACAUCCAGCAGACGGCCGUCGAGUUCGGCAUGGAGUCGGCGCUGUCAAAGUGCGUCGAGAGCCAGCGGCUGACCAACAGGGCCGUCCGCCAUCGAGAGCGAGUGGGCGAGGUCAAGUACGGCGUCUCUCCUGGGUCUAUCACUACGUAUUCUUCGACGGACGACAAGCAGCGCAGCCACGCGGUGCAGGGGGACCUGCCGAUCCUCCAGAAGGCGAACAGAGAACGCAUCGGCGCCAUGGAGAAGAAGCUCGUCGCGGACUGGCGGGACCUGGUGGGCGGCUACUUUCGACGUUUCCAGCCGCUGCACUUCUCCUACGCCGGGGCCGAACCGACUGGCGACGACGGCGAUGAUCAUCACGGUACCACCAUCAAGCACGCCGAGCCCGAUGCAGAAGGGGAGGACAUCCGGGUCAGCGUCCGGUCGGGCGUCUCUAUCGAAGAAGUGGUCGAGUACGCCUUUCUGCGCGCCGACCUCGACUUCGUCUCCGAGCAGGUCUCCAAGGGCGACUCCAAGCAGCCCAUCCCGACCAGCCCCGAGAAGCCGCUCAACGAAUACGACAUCCUGCACCAGCCCAACCGGUACCGCGACGACAACAUACCCGGCGGUAGUGGCCGCAGUCCUCACCACCACCGCCACAAGACCUUCAAGGGCGGCAGCACCGGCAGCAUCGCCAUGAUAUCGACGCCCACGCCCACCCCCUUCUGGCACCCGGACGCUCCCUCUUCGCUGCUGGUCUCGCACAUAGGCGACACCCGCAUCCUGCUCUGCUCGACGGCAACAGGCCACCCGAUCCCGCUCACGACCGACCACCACCCGUCCUCGCCCGUGGAGAGUGCCCGCCUGCAGCGCUACGCCGCGACCUUCGUGACCGACUCGUUCGGCGAGGAACGCAUGUCCGGCCUGGCCAACACGCGGGCCUUUGGCGACCUCACGAGCAAACGCAUCGGCGUCUCUGCCGAGCCCGAGCUGCGACGCAUCGACAUGCGGCCGGCCGAGUACUCGUUUCUCGUGCUCAUGAGCGACGGCGUCAGCGGCACCCUGAGCGACCAGGAAGUCGUCGACAUCGUCAAGGAGGCCAAGACGCCGGACCAGGGCGCGCGAGACGUCGUGGCCUUUGCGACCGAGGUGUCUUCCGACGGGGACAAUGCGACCUGUCUGGUGGUGCGGCUGGGGGGAUGGGAGCGGCGCCAGGAGGGCGGCCUGGGGAGCCUGGCCACCAAGGAGGCCAGGGAGUGGAGGAGCAGAGACGCUGCCGAUCCGAGGAAGCGAAGGAGAUGA